AUGACUUCAAAUCAAUCGACCUCACCUCGGACGAGAAGGGCUUUGGAAGAACGAUCAUCUGGUCACAACAAUGAAGGAUCCAUCUCUCGUUCACUACAUAUGAACCAGGAAAAGGAAGAUAUCGACAUUUAUAACUCUACACCAUUUCCAACUAAACCGGAACAGAUACUGUUGCCCAAUCUGGGUCAUGGACAGCGUCAGAUUAUAUCAGACGUUGGCUUCUCAUAUUCAGAUACUCCGCGUUCAUCUUCCACUCUAUGGCCAUCACCUGCCCUUAGCCAUGAGUGUAGUAGCAGUGUACGAGAACAGUCGGUAGGGGAUCUCUGGGAUGUUUCCUCAACUGCUGACACAAGAAAUUCCCCACCGCAUAUGUGGGAUGAGGAUCCCAACUCCAGCAAUUCCUCACUGCAAGAGGUUUCAUCUGGUAAAGGGGUUAAUUAUAGUUCUGAGCCGGAAUACUCGGACGAGGACAUCGUUGUGCUGCCAACAGCCACGCCAACCAUCAAAGCGGUCAUAUCCGAACCCGUAUCCCCCAAGUCCGAGACAGAAGAGGAGUCAACGAUUGGUGAUUCUAGCCCAAAUGUGUCACCCAUCGGGCUUCCAUCCAGUCCUAACUUUGUGACUUUGGACAAUUCCAGUAUGGUCUCUUUUGCAGAUCUACGGACCAACUCGCUCUCUUCAGAUAAUUCUCACAGCACCGUGGUGAGAUAUUCUGGAGCUAUUCCUUGGAUCUAUACGGCUAGCUCAUCAGUCAGUUCUGGCUCACCAUCUAUCCAAUCUGGCUCGCAACCUUCGGGGACAUCUCCUCGUUCCGUGUCCAGGUAUCAUUCCGCAGACAGAUCACACUCGGCAACGUCUUCCACACCUAGUUCCCGCUCAGGGUCAGAUUCUUUAUCUUCUACGGAGAACGUGAUACCGAUAGCAUAUCCCCGAGUGCGCAAUUUUUCGUCCAACUCCGGUGUCCAUUCGUCAAUCUCUUCGGAGCGCGACUUCACUCCAGGCCCAGUAUCUGGUCGUUGGAAUCCUCACUUAUCAACCGUGUCAUCCGUCUUAUACUCUGAAUCCAGCAUGUCACAACAUACUCUCCCACCAGCGGCGGUUGCAAAUUCAGAUGCAAAUUCAGAUGCAAGUAAAUCCUCUCUCUGGAUAGUUCAGGACUGGGAUGACGAUGAAUAUCGAGACAGCCUACCUGGUCUUCCCAUUAGCCACAAGUCCUCCAACAGCCUGUCGUCCAGCUCAAAGCGAAGUAACAGCAACAGCUUCCACGGCAACAGCACACGACGUCCCAGCACCGCAUCCAGCAACGUUUUACAAAUUCUACCUACAUGGGCGAAAAUCUACUACUGCGGCAAUGCAAAGGGUAUCAACUCAGCCAUGUCAUGGAUUGAAAGCCGGCCAUCUACUGCCCGAUCAGGAACGAGUAACUCAAAUGUGUUCAACAUGAUGCCGACGCCGCUCAAUAUCAAUCGAACCCGCUUACCAGAACGUCAUCAAUCAACUAAAAGUUCACUUAUCAUACAAAUACCUCGAACUCCAGAACGAGUUCGCCUCAUCCAGCGACGUAUCGAUAGUGACCCUCGAGACCCGCGCGCUCACUGGGUGGAAGAUCCUGAGUCUGACAGUAUUUUGGUCGGAUCACCUAUGCGUCGACUACGACAUAGUUGGUCCCCACAUCUGUAUACCGAUAGACGGAGAAUGAAGCAAUCGAUCAGUACAUGGACAACUCCUUCGUUUGAUUCAACGACAGAACCUAUUUUUGGGCGAAGGAAUGUCCAGGUUUAUUCCUUCUGCCUGGGCUUCAUUUUUCCACUUGCUUGGAUGAUUGCUGCUUUUCUGCCUCUACCUCUUCAGCCACAAAAGAUGGAAAUGAUGGAAGGGGGCAAUGACAUUGAAAUUGCACUUCAAUCGCAGUUGUUUAACUUGCACCAGCGGCGAUAUAGAAAUGCUCGUUGGUGGCGGAAUCUUAAUCGCUGGAUGAUCUCGCUUGGGAUUGUAAUAAUCGUCGUUACUGUGAGUACUUGA